CAGCUAGCGGCUUUGCUGAACGUAAUUUCGUCAGACGUUGCUCGUUCGUGAUUUGCGCAUCCAUUUUGACUGUCCCAAUUUUCUACAUUUCGACUGAAUCAAAUAUCCAGGGUGCCGGAUUUGCUGCUACAUAGGAGCUCAAAUUAGAUAUACUCUGGCUUGCCCGGAAUGUCGGGCUCCUCUUCUUCGGAUACUCCUUCUUCGUCAUCGUCUUCGGCAAUAAGAGCUUGGAGGACUGCCUUUCUGACUCUCCGGGACGAAACCCUAACGAGCAGCCCUAAAUCGAAGUCAAUAACGCAACUUCUCAAUGAUCUCAUUUUCUCUCAUUUCCGGGCUCUCAUGUCUGCCGCCCCCGACCUUCCUCCUCACGAGGUGACCUCUGAUCUGCUGUUCUUAAUGGAACUGGCUGCAAGUUCUCCAGGCGGCCAAGAUGUGUCACCUAUCUAUGUUUAUGUUUCCUCUUUGGUGCAUGAUAUUUGCAAGCUUCAACGUGUGACUCUUCAAUUGAAUUCUUCUUCUUGGGUUGUUGUGAUCAACUGUUUCUCCGCUAUGGUGCACUUCUUCCUCGGCCAAGCUGGUUCCAGACCCCAAUUUUCGUUGGGGCACGCUGUGGAAUGCUUGGGGACCGUAAGAUGUCUGGCCUCCAUCUAUCAGCCGAAAAGUUUGCUAUCAGAUGAUGUCCACUUGGCAAAGUUUCUUCUCGGAGUAAUUGAAAGUUAUCAUGCUCAGUGCCUGUUGUCAACUUGCACGAGCACCAGUGAAAAUGUUGCGGUCUCAACUGGCAAGAGGUUAUCUAAAAGCAGUCAGUUGUGGGAAGUUCCAACAGCCGCAUUUACUUUGCUCAGUGAAGCAUUCACAAGAAUCGGGUCUUCGUUCCCCACUUAUAUUUGGCAAUCUGCUAUGGAGGUCAUUAGGAAAGUGAUGGACGUCUUACUGUCUCAGAACUUCCUUGUUGAAGGUGCUCCUGCGACAAGGUUUUAUGCUCCGCUCCUUGGAUUUCUACAUCUGGUUCUUACCAAUGCUAAGGGUUUUCAAAAUGACCAUGUUCCUGCUUUUGUGGCAACUUUGCGAAUGUUCUUUACGUAUGGCCUGUCACAACCCUUAUACUCCACUAAUGCUGGCACACAUAAGAAUGCUGCUAAAUUGAUUUCAGAAGACACUAAGAAAGAGCGUAUUCCGUAUCGCCCUCCUCACCUGCGCAGAAAGGAAAAUGUAAACAUGAAGCAGCUUAAAGCUCAGGAAUUAUCUUGUUCCUCACUUCCUCUGAUCAAGAGUCUUUUGCAUUGGAACUUAUUUCAUCAGAUUCAGAUUGCAGUGACAGUGAUGGAUCUGUUAAAGAUAAUGAUACUAUUAAAAGUUCAAAAGUCAGGACUGCUGCUAUAGUUUGCCUACAAGAUCUUUGUCUAGCUGAUCCCAGAUCCUUUACCACUCAGUGGACUAUGAUUUUGCCUACAACUGACGUACUAGAAACAAGGAAGUUUGAAGCUACUCUGUU